UGUCGCGUCCCCUCCGUAUUGCCGUCAUUUGCCGUAACUACCCCAAGUAUUAGGCUCACGUUGGUGGUAGUUUGGAAAUAUCUGCUUGGUCCUGAUCUGCGCUCCCUCGCCCCGUGGUUGCGGCUAUCAUCGAAUGAUGGAGACAAACAACUCCGAGCCGUCGCAAGCGCAACCUGCUGCUGAGGAGCCUGUGAAGUCAAUUGAGGAUGAAGCCAAACACGAUGGUUCGGUCGCAACCAGCACUGUGUCAGACGAACAAUUCAGAUCCAUGAUGGACGUUGUCAUGGCGAUCUAUGAGUUCAGAGAAGAGGAUGGCCAUGAUCCGUCUAAGUUGUUUCAGCGCAGUGUAAAUAAGCGCCUCGUUCCCGACUAUUAUGACAUUAUCAAGGAACCGAUGGCCCUCAGCAUCUUGAAACAAAAGAUCAACAAACGUGAAUACAAAGGAUUCUCCGAAUUUGUACGCGAUUGCGCAUUAAUUCCCCAUAAUGCACAGACAUACAAUCGUCCCAAAUCUCAAGCUUAUGAAGAUGCACUAGUCAUUAAGGACGUCUUCGUUGCAGAAUUUGAGAAACUGGUCAAACAAGGUAUCAUUACCGCAGAAGAAGCCGAACUACCGGACCUUGGGGAGAUCCCGGAAGCCGAUCCACUUCCUGACGAGGAUGAAGAAGAAGAUGACGACGAUGACGAUGACGAUGAGGAAGAAGAUUCCGACGAAGAAAGUCGACGCAAAAAGAAAAAGGGUCCUCGCGCAAGCACCAAACGUGACGGGGUUAAAGACGACGGCCAGAAGUUCAAUGAUCCGGAAGUGAGAAAGAAGAGAGGCAGACCACCGCGUGUUGAUACCCCCAUGGAGGCAAGGAUCAAAGCAGUUCUUAAGGGGAUCCGCAAGCUGAAAGGGCCUGGGAAUCAGCUCAAAGUGCGCCAUUUCGAACGCCUGCCCGACAAGGCAAUGUAUCCGGAUUACUAUAUCGAGACUAAAGAACCCAUUGCCAUCGACAUCGUCAAGCGCAAAUCAAAGAGAAAGAAAUACAACUCGGUAGACCAUUUCAUGAGAGACAUGGAGCUCAUGUUCAACAACGCAAAGGCCUAUAACCAGUCUGACAGCCAAAUUUAUAAAGAUGCGGUUGAUUUGCAACUGGAAGCGCGAAAACUUGCUGAUCUUGAGAAGAAGAAGCCAGACAGUGAAUACCUGAUGGAGGAUGGUCGCUUGCCUUUACCUGACGGCAUUCUUCACAAAUCCGAGUUAUGGAGGGUCGGUGAUUGGGUCCAUAUCCAGAAUCUCAAUGACGUGACGAAGCCUAUCGUUGCGCAGAUAUAUCGUACAUGGCAAGACUCGGAGGGAGAGAAAUGGAUUAAUGCCUGCUGGUACUAUCGCCCUGAACAAACAGUCCACCAUGUGGAGAAGCAUUUCUACCCCAACGAAGUGGUAAAGACAGGACAGUACCGAGAUCAUCGAGUUGAAGAGAUUGUUGACAGAUGUUUCGUCAUGUUCUUCACGCGUUACAAUCGAGGACGGCCCCGGGGCCUGCCUCCCAACAAAGAUGUCUACGUUUGCGAAGCCCGCUACAAUGAAGAGAAGCAUAAAUUGAACAAGAUCAAAACCUGGGCUAGUUGUCUGCCCGAUGAAGUCAGAGAAAAGGACUAUGAGAUGGAUUUGUUCGACGUUCCCCGGCGAAUCAAGAAGGUUCCAAGCCCGAUCAAACAUCUACUGAAGAGCGAUGCAAAGGAAACUGAUGACCUCCCAAAGCCGACCUGGGGGGCAGAGAACGCACCGCCUGUUGUUGGCGCGGUUCAUCGCCGCCCGCGUGAUGAGAAUGAAUCACCACCUCCAGAGCCCACCCCUUCCCCACCCCCAUCUCUGCCACAACCCACUCUGCCUCCAGCUCCUCUUCGGCAAUCAUCGAUUAAUCAGAUUCCUCCGCGGUCUAGUGUAGAGAGUCAAGGUACCGGUGCCGCGGCGGGCGCGUUGCCUGCUACCGCCCGCUCUCCAGCCACACCCUUGCCUCCGACCCGGGACUCGCCAGCCCCGGGGCCGCCGAUGGCAUUCCCUCAGCCUCAAGUCCCUCCGACUCAAUCCUACCAGAAUGGUUUACCGAGACGUUCUAGCGGACUCGUGCCGCAGACACCGCACUCUAGUGCUUAUCAAGCGCCGAUUGUGUCCAAUCCCUUUCAAGCCACCCACACAACAACAUCUUACAUGCCCUAUCAAGGAAACCGUCUGCAUGGGUCGACGGCAACAUCCUUAAAUCCUAAUACCCCUCGACCCAUCGAAGUAUUUCACCUAAGUGAUACUGCAAACGCUGCCAUUCCGGCAAAUGUCCGUGAACAAUUUCACUGUGAUGACCAAGGCCAUGUCUUGUUCUUCUCAAUCCCACCGCUAGACAUCAUCCCAUCGUACCAACAGAGACUAGGACACUCCCUCAAAUAUUUGGCUGCAAAGGAAGAACGGCGCAGACUAGUUGAUACCAAGAAACGCAAGGGAACUCAAGACCAAAGGGAACGGGAACUGGCCGCCAAGCGCCAGAGAGCGGAUGAGAAAGUUGCUCUUGCGAGUCGAGUAGAGAUGCUCACAGUCAAGGCUCUGGAUACCAUGGCAAGUCAAAUCAUGGCAGGCACAGACAAGCUUUACGACAUUUUAUAUCAAGACGGAGCAGAAAGUGACAGGCAGGCGGAUACCAGGGCACAUGAGCAGCGGAAACCGGCCGAUCAUAUCUCACGAGAAAAGACGACGCACAUCCAGGCUCACUUACAGGACCCUGCUUCUUCUAUCAGUCUCAAAAGGUAAUGCCAUGUAUAUGUCUGAUGGUGACCCGAGAAACUAAGGGAACGAUAUAUUUAUGCUGGUGUACGGCGAAUAUAAUCUCUGUGGGUCGGCGAAUGUCCUUGGUGAUAAAUGAAACACCUCAGACUGGUUCUGUCGAGUGAACCGUGGCUGAAUGAGAAGUGGCUGCAUUGAGCUUCGAGAUUGGUGAUUAGCUCAUAUACACUGUCGCAGUUUUAGGCAUCAUCACAACAGAAACCAGAAAGUCUUUGCCCUGUCUGUUGGACUUAUUGUAUCGGUU